UCAAUGGAUGCCUUCACCGAAGAUCAUUCUUAGAAGGUCAUUGGCUAGAUUGGUCACAAUCUGCGCAGAAUGAUCUCCGUGAACGCACAAGAUGACAACUAAUAGAAACUGCAGCUCUGCGCAUGCGCUGAGGCGGAACUGUCUGGUCGCCCGCUUGUUUCCCAGCCGGAGCGGUCUGAGCAGCGCACCCAUAGAAACGGCUCUUGUGAGUAAGAUGGCGGCGUCGACAGCGACCACGAAGGUGCCAGAGGUUCGAGAUGUCACUCGAAUGGAGAGGAUAGGAGCUCACUCUCAUAUCAGAGGGCUGGGGCUGGAUGAUGCGCUGGAGCCAAGACAGGUCUCUCAGGGCAUGGUGGGUCAGCUGGCAGCGAGGCGGGCGGCUGGAGUGAUCCUGGAAAUGAUCAAAGAGGGAAAAAUCUCUGGAAGAGCCGUGCUGAUAGCAGGACAGCCAGGAACCGGGAAAACAGCCAUCGCCAUGGGAAUGGCUCAGGCUCUGGGUUUGGACACUCCCUUCACUGCGAUGGCUGGCAGCGAGAUCUUCAGUCUGGAGAUGAGCAAGACUGAGGCUCUGACACAGGCCUUCCGGAGAAGCAUCGGAGUCCGCAUCAAGGAGGAGACAGAGAUUAUCGAGGGGGAGGUCGUGGAGAUUCAGAUUGACAGGCCGGCUACAGGAACGGGUUCGAAGGUCGGGAAGCUGACCCUGAAAACCACAGAGAUGGAGACGAUCUACGACCUCGGAACCAAAAUGAUAGAAUCCCUGAGCAAAGAGAAAGUGCAGGCAGGAGACGUGAUCACGAUUGAUAAAGCCACGGGGAAGAUCAGCAAGCUGGGCCGGUCGUUCACCAGAGCGAGAGACUACGAUGCCAUGGGAGCACAGAUGAAGUUUGUUCAGUGUCCAGACGGGGAGCUGCAGAAGAGGAAGGAGGUUGUUCACACAGUGACCCUGCAUGAGAUCGACGUGAUUAACAGCAGAACCCAGGGCUUCCUCGCGCUCUUCUCAGGAGACACAGGGGAGAUCAAGUCGGAGGUUCGAGAACAAAUCAACGCCAAGGUGGCGGAGUGGAGAGAGGAGGGGAAAGCAGAGAUCAUACCAGGGGUCCUCUUUAUCGAUGAGGUUCACAUGCUGGAUAUCGAGUGCUUCUCCUUCCUGAAUCGAGCUCUGGAGAGCGACACGGCUCCUGUACUGAUCAUGGCAACAAACAGAGGAAUCACCCGAAUUCGUGGCACCAACUACCAGUCCCCCCACGGGAUCCCGAUAGACCUGCUGGACCGACUGCUGAUCAUCUCAACCACUCCCUACAACGAGAAAGAGACCAAACAGAUUCUCAAGAUCCGGUGUGAAGAGGAGGAUGUAGAGAUGAGUGAUGAUGCUCACACA